AUGGUAUGUGAUGCAUAUAAUGUUCCUUCUAUGAAUGAUAUGAACAAUGAAUUAAAUGAGAAUGAAGAGCCUAAUGUGCAUGCCAAAAGGUUCUACGACUUAUUAAAGGAUGCAGAGACAGAACUUUAUCCAGGUUGUGAGAAAAUGUCAAAAUUGUCUUUUAUUGUAAAAUUGCUUCAAUUAAAGUGUCUUAACCAUUGGAGCAAUAAAUCUAUGGAUGCAUUGUUGGCCUUAUUGAAAGAUGUUCUUCCAGAAGGGGCUUUAGUGCCAAAUUCAUUUUAUGAAGCUAAGAAGAUAAUUCGUGAUUUGGGUUUAGAUUACAAUAAAAUUGAUGCUUGUGGAAAUGAUUGCAUAUUAUACUGGGGGGAACAUGCAAAAGAAGAAUCAUGUCCUAAGUGCAAGAUGUCUAGAUGGAAGUUGAACAGGCAAAGAGGAAAAAAAAUUGCCCAGAAAGUCUUAAGGCAUUUUCCGAUAAUACCUAGGUUACAAAGGCUUUAUAUGGCAAGAGACACUGCUAAAGAAAUGAGGUGGCAUAAGGAGAAGCACACAAAUGAUGGUGUAUUGAGACAUCCAGCUGACUCUCUUGCUUGGCAACACUUUGACCAACAAUAUCCUAGUUUUUCUACUGAUCCAAGAAGUGUUAGAUUGGGUUUGGCAAGUGAUGGAUUUCAACCUUUUGGGAAUAUGAGUGCCAAUCAUAGCAUUUGGCCUGUAGUUUUGGUACCAUAUAAUUUGCCACCAUGGCUUUGCAUGAAAAGCCCAUAUUUUAUGAUGACACUUCUUAUUCCUGGUCCAAAGUGUCCAGGUAAUGAAAUAGAUGUUUACUUACAACCAAUGAUUGAGGAGCUGAAACAAUUGUGGGAAGUAGGGGUGCAAACAUAUGAUGCAUUUUCUCAAUCAAAUUUUAUGAUGUAUGCAGCAGUGUUGUGGACGAUAAAUGAUUUCCCCGCAUAUGGAAAUCUUUCAGGAUGGUCAACUAAAGGCAAGUUUGCAUGCCCUUGUUGUCACAAAGACACGCAUUGCAUUUCAUUAAGGAGCAAGUUAUCUUAUAUGGGUCAUAGGCGUUUUCUUCCACAAAAUCACCCAUGGCGCAAAGAUGCAAAAUCAUUUGAUGGAAAAGAAGAACUCAGAGCUCCACCAAUUCCAUUAACUGGAGAUGAUGCACUUAUGCAAUUAGAACAAUUGGAAAGAAAUGUUUCUGAUAAUAUUGUAUCGACAGUGAUGGAUUUACUUGGAAAGACAAAGGACACAUUAAAAAGUAGGUAUGAUUUGGUGGAUUUGGGCAUUAGGAGUCAUUUGCACCCGAUUAAGAAUGGUAAUGAUGUUUAUAAGCCUCCUGCUCCUUACACAUUAUCUUCUGAAAAGAAGCAAUCCCUUUGCAAAUUCUUGGCUAACUUAAAAGUACCUGAUGCUUUUGCAUCUAAUAUCUCAAGGAAAUAUUUCCAAUUGCAAUACGUGGGUUACUGCCUCCCCAAGUAUGUGAACCAAUAA